AUGCGCCGCUAUCCGUGUGAGACCCCCUGGGCACAUCAGCGCCCAUGGCAGGGCUCCUGGUGUGCCGCCAUCCCAGGAAGGGCACCUGGAGGCGCUGCUCUCCAUGGGAGAACCCAUGGGAGUGCCGCAGAUCCUGGGAGGCCCUCUGGGAGUGCUACCAUCCCUGGGAGGGCCCCUCAGCGCGCAGUUGUCCCUGGGAAAACCCUAGGGGGAUCUUGCAUUCCUGAGAGGGCCCUUGGGUCGCCGCCAUCUCUGAGUGCUCCUAGGGCCGCCGACGUCCCUGGGAGGGCACCUGGGAUCGCGGCUGUCACUGGGCGAGCCCCUGGGGACACCUGUGCCCUGAGGACUGCCCCUAGGAACGCCAGGCCUGUAGGGCCUAGCCCCUGGGAGGUCCCGUGUGCUCCGCUGUCCCUGGCAUGGCCCCUGGGGGCGCCAACGCCCAAAGCAGUGUCCCUGGGAGCGCCACCGUCCCUACUCAUGGCCCCUGGGGGCACCGCUGUCCCUGGAAAGGCUUAUGGGAGCCCCGCUGUCCUUGAAAGAGCCCCUGGGCCACUAGCGCCCCUCGCAAGACCCCCUGGAGACUCCGCCGUCACUGGGAGGGCCCAUGUAUGCGCUGCUAUUCCUGGCAUGUCCCCAAGGGGCGCCAGCGCCCAAGGCAGGGCCACUGGGAGAGCCACCGCCCCUGGGAGGACGCCAGGGGCAACACCGCUCCUGGCAGGGCUCCUGUGGCCGCCAGCGCCCCUGGCACGGCCCUUGGAGACACCAGUGCCCUUGGCGGCGCCCCCAAGGGCCCUCCCCGGGGCUGUGGCGCCAACCUGGGUCCCUCUCAGGUGCGGCGGCUCCCCCAAAUGCCCUCCGAAGUGCGGUGGCGAUCCCAGGGGCCCGGCCAGGGGCAGCGGUGCUCCCAGGUGCCCUCCCAGGGGUGGCGACGCCACCAAAGGCCCUCCUAUGAGUGGUAGCGGUGUGCAGGCCUAUUGCCCAUCAUUUUGCUGCCUCUUAAAGAAAAUUGGUAGAAAACAAAGAAAACUGUUUCAGGGUUUUAGAAAAUUUUAUUUCUGA